AUGAGGAUCACGAACGUCGGCGACAAUGUGUUGAUCCUCCAUCAGGACCUGCGGAUUCGGGAUCUGGCUGGACGGCGAUCAUGUCCCGCGACUACAGGGCUUGAUUUCAAUGGGGUCCCGGCGCUAUAUGGAAAUCUGGCUCUGGAAGCGACUGUGGAUCCCCGAUCUGCGGAUCCGGAAGAUCCGCCUUUGCCUGCGGUGGAAUGCCCCGAGUACGGAACUCCGCGUGAAAUACUGCAACGGUCAAGACCGACGAUGAUCAAGUGUCCGAAGGGCAGAUCAAGUGAAGAUCAAGAGGUCUUUGACCACUCGUCUUCGGACAAUCCGCGACCAUUGGAUUCAGCGUCUAUCGCAGAUGACGACUCUAUGUCACAAGUCGCAACGGUUGUGGAGGCGUUGGACGAUCGGGAUCCGGGCUCAUCAGAUAUUCUAACGGCAGACCCGGCUCCAGUUGAAGCCCUAGCCUUGGAUACUGUAUUGGCAGAUGAAAAUCUAAGUGGUGCAAUCAGAGUAGAUCAAAAUCCGCCAUUCCAAGAAGUCCAAGAUCCAAAGGUGGUGACGUUGAAGGGUGAUGGGUUUGACCCAUCACCCUUUAACGUCACCACCUUUGGAUCUUGGACUUCUGGAGGAUCUGAAGUCUACGCUACGGUAUUUUUCACUGGAUAUGGCGAGCGGAUUUUGGGUGGUAAAGAUGCCGGAUUGGACCCGCCUGAUCUCGGCCUUUAUCAUCCCAUUUGGACUUUUCGAAAUCGGAUGCCUUUUGGGCUGAAGAAUGCGCCGCAGAUCUAUCAGCGGACGAUCCACAACGCAAUAUAUGGGUUCACCCGGAUCCCGAAAUUGACAAGUGAUCUGGAAUGUCUAGAUGUAUUCGAGGCUGGAGAACCUGAGGAUCCGGGCAAACCAUCAGUGCUAGGACGCAGAUCCUACAUCGAUGACAUCUUAGUACCAGCGAGCAAUUGGGAUGAGCUAUGCGAUCGUGUUAAAGACCUUUUGGGGGCGUGCGACAAAUAG